AUGGUUGGGAAUGAGGCCGACAACACGUUCAGCACUCCGACGCUGGAGUGGCAGUGUGCUGACCGGUACGCGGUGGAGAAGUACCUGGGCUUCUGCAAGGGCGCCAUCCGGUACAACCCAGCGCUGCCCUCCCCCCAGGGCAGCAGCCUCAGCCUGGACCGGGCGGUCAUCGGGCAGGUCACUGCGCAGGAUGACGCUGCGGCCACGAUGUUCUUCUACCACGUGACCGGCAUGGGCUACGAGGCCUGGGAGCAUUCGUCGCCUGCCAGCGGCGAUGACGAGUGCAUGCGCAGCGUCUGGCGGCUGUCUUGCCUCACCUACUUCCCGAAGUCGCAGGUCGGCUCAGGCACGAGGUACCACAGGCCCUGCGCGGGGCUCUGCGAGGGCUACCUGGAGGCCUGCGCCGUGGAGUGCUGCGACGACAGCGCGGGCUACGUGGACGAGGCCGACCCCGACGCGCCGGAGUGCUCGGGCAGGAGCGGCGGCGCGGCCCUCCGGGCCCCGGCGGGGCUGCUGCUGGCGCUGCUGCUGGGGCGCGUGGCGGCGGCCGCGGCCGCCGUGCUCUGCGCGGCGUGCCUGCAGGGCUGCGAGGUGGAGGUUCCGCAGCACGAGGUGGCGAAUUGGCGCAAGAAGGAUAACUACCUCCGGCAGUACGAGUACAUACCGCCGGGGCAUGAUGCUUCGUCGGCCGUCCUCAAUUCGUGCGCCGAUGAGACCGUAGAUGCCUCGCUGCAGUGCUCUGGACAUGGGUAUUGCAAGACCUGGAACCCCAUGGCGAGGGACACGACCGCGUUGUCGUUCUGCACCUGCAGCCGCGAUUGGGCAGGGCCAGAGUGCGCGAUACAGCGGAAGAGCCAGACCAAAGUGUUCCUCCUCUCGCUGUUCGGUGGCAUGUUGGGUCUCGACUACUUCUACCUCGGGCUGCCGCUCAUCGGGCUCGCCAAGCUGCUCACCCUCGGAGGGUGUGGCUUCUGGUGGCUGGUGGACAUCGUUCGCACGGGCGCGGGGCCUGUCUACUCGCAGAAGCACCGGGUGGCGGCCGACCUUCCGCACUCCGUCUUCUUGCUGGUCACCCUCACCCUCUUCGUGCUACUCGGCCUCGCGUGGUCGGCGGCCUCGUGCGUCGGCGCGCGCUCGGGGAAGCGCCGCGCGGCCGCGCGGGCGGGCCCGGAGGGACGAGCGGAGGUCUGUGCCGAAAGGGAUCUUGCGAUCGGCGCGGCCGUCGACUUCAAGGGUUACGGGACGACCCUGGCCGCUGCCCACGGGAGGGGGCGCGCGGCCGCCGGACUUGCCACAGGACGUGCCGCCUCGGGCCACCAGCAGUUCGCGGCGGCCGCGGGAGGGGCCCGCACCUGGUGA